UGUCGCUUGGUCAAAGCCUAUGGUCGCGGCGGCGCGACUGCCCGCCCGCCACGCUUGGGCUUUGUGGCCCGACAGCGCGGGCACAUAAGUACCUCGCCGCAAUCCGCGGGGAAUCACUUGACGUUUCGACGCGCUGCCAUCACCAUGACUGCCCCGCUGAGCCUGCUCGUCGUCCUGUUCGCCGUCCUCGGGCUGACACCCGCGGCGCAGUCGGCCAGCACGGCGGCGGCGCCAGUCAGCGCCAACGGCGCGCAAUUUGCUGUUGUCGAGGGGUGCGGUAACAACGAUCGCCUCUGCAUCGCUUACCCCGACAAGUGCGUCGCCAGCAAGACCUGCUCCCUGGUCGUGAGCGUGCGCCGGGGCUCCGCCGGCAAGUACGUGUUCGAGAUGGCCGCCCAGUUCACCGGAUACGUUGCCGUGGCGCUCGCCGAGUCCACCAUGAUGGGUGUCGACAGCGUGGUCGAGUGCAUCAACGACCCCAACACGAACAAGGUGGCGCUGUUCCAGUCCGUGAACAAGGCCCUGAACGCGACGACCGGCAAACGAGGGAACACCCGCCUUCCUGACACGGAGCAGCUGGGUGUUCAGCUCACCAACGGGAAAUCCGCGGACGGCGUCGUCUACUGCUCGUUUGAACGCGAUCCGGUCACCACCGUGAGAGGCAAGAAGUACGACCUGGAGAACGGCGCCUGGGUGCUGCAGGCAGCCGGCGGCGACCAGAUCAACGCCGACAGCAGCAUCCACCAUCAUAUGGAGUGGGUGGUCUCCUCCGACCAGGUGAAGCUCUCGGACACGGGACUGUUAGAGAGCUUCGGACACAGCCGCGCCCCGUCCGCGUCCGGCACGGUCCGCGUCGCAGCCGGCGGGCUCACCGUCGUGGCCGCCCUCCUGGCCUUCUGUGCGAGAUAAGCCCCGGAAGGAGCCAAGACUCUACACUUGCACGCACACUCGCACACCUCCCACCCUCUCUCAUGUGGUGCACGGCCCGACGGCUGGGAGGCACUUCUAGUCUGAUGGGAGGGUGCAGAGCUACAAGCCUAUGGCCUUCAAGGCGCUUUCUAGGGGCUGUCUGAUCAAAGGAGGCCAGGAAAAGAAUUAGUUCAGUUCGUUGGAGCAAUAUAGACUUUUAAUAGAAACAAUAAAAUAUAAUAUCACAUGGAAAUGCAAAAGUGAAUCUACUUCCGAGUAUAAUUACUUUAAUUCAGAUCAUACUAUGGGUCUGAAUGAUGUUUGAUCCUUUAAUGAAAAGUAGGAGUGGAAGCAAAACUUGGUAAAAUAACAAUUUCAAUAAAAGUGGAUCAACUUA